AACGGAUCGAUUAGUGUUAUCACGAUGUUGUCUGUAGUGGUAACCAAUAGAUAUGAAUAUCUAUUGCCGUGGUGGUAACUCACUGCUGUGUUGAGUGUGGUGUGAUGAUAUACGGAGUGCGGAUAACAAAAGGUUUGAGUUUUUGACAAGUGACAACAUAUAUUUGCCAUUUGGUGUGGAUGUGCGAUUCCUGUGAUCCUGCGUUAUAUUCGUGUUAUACUCAUAUAACUGGACCACCAGAAAGCGAUACGACGUGUGUGUUUGAUCAACUUUUUAUUGUCGUCCAGCCAGUAGGAUUCGGGAACCCGUUCGAGCGAAACGUCCGACGCCACAGCAGAUGACGACUUAACGGGUACGCGACUCACUGAAAUUGGCAUGUCGCUUGACACCGACGGUUGUUCGCAGCAGAAAGAGUACGAUUACCUGCUGAAAUUCCUCUUAGUCGGCGACAGUGAUGUGGGUAAACAAGAGAUGCUCAACGAUCUCGAAGACGGAUCAUCUGAGUCACCAUAUUGCAGCGGAAGCGCAUAUAAAACUACAAUUAUACUCUUGGAUGGUAAACGAGUAAAAUUGCAACUAUGGGAUGCAUCAGGUCAAGGGCGUUUAUGCACAAUAAUCAGAUCUUAUUCAAGAGGAGCACAAGGUGUUUUGUUAGUUUAUGACAUAACUAAUAAAUGGUCAUUUGAUGGAUUAGACAGAUGGUUAAAAGAAGUAGAAGAGCAUGCACCUGGAGUUCCAAAAGUCUUGGUUGGCAAUCGCUUGCAUUUGGCAUUUAAAAGACAAGUUAGUGUCAAAGAAGCAGAAUCCUAUGCCUCAAAACACCAUAUGACUUUGUUUGAAGUUAGUCCACUUUGUGACUUCAAUAUUAGAGAAAGCUUUACUGAAUUAGCUAGGAGAGCAUUACAUAGAAAUGGAAUGGAAAGACUCUUACGAUCAAACAAAGUGUUAAGCCUUCAAGAAUUAUGUUGUCGUGCUAUUGUAGCAAGAACUACUCAGUAUGGCAUAAACCAGUUGCCUCUACCUGUAACAAUUAAGUCACACUUAAAGUCAUAUGCAUUGACUAGUUUCUCAACUUUAUCUAUGUCAUUACCACGUAAUGCUUCGGCGUCCAAAAAAAUUAAAUUGCCUUCCAACAAUACGGGUGUAUCAAGACAACAUGGUCACCCUGCACAUUCUCUAUCACAUCACCAUCAUCAUUUGAAAAAUACACCAUUGAGCAUUUCAACAUCGUACAUUACAAGGAACUCUUGUACAAUUUCAUGACUUAAAUCAUAAAAUUAGUAAUAUGCCCACUGAUUUAAGUUUAUUUUAAAAUGUUUAGUAAAUGUAUUCUUUUAUGUUAAAGAACGCAUAAUAUGUAAUUUUUUUAUUUGAUCUGUGUUAAAAAAAUUAAUUUUUUUGAUCCGAAAAGUAAGUUUACAUAUCUGUUAAGAUAAAUUGUGUAAAUCAGUGUGUUAUUUUAUUGUUUAUAACUCAAAAGCAAUAAUUGUAAAACUAUGGUUAUUUAUAAUCUCUUAUUAGAGGUACUUUAAUCAUCAGAUGACUG